AUGCUAAGAAGUCCUCUAUACUGUGCUGUUUGCUCACUGCCUCCAGAGUAUUGUGAAUUCACAGGUAAACUAAAACGCUGCAAAGUAUGGUUACGAGAUGCGCACCCAGCGACAUAUAAAAUACUAUAUGAUGCAGAGGACGACUCUGUGGAUGCUGUCAGUGGUAAGCUAGCAGAAUCAUCAAUUGGUGAGGAGAGAGAGGAGAAAUUAGAGAAAGAUCUGCUAAAAUUACAAGCGAAACAAGAAAACAGGGAACAAAGAGAACUCCAAAUGAAACUAUCAUCAAAAGUUGUCAUCAAAAGAGAAGCAAGAACCAAGAAAAAAUCUCUUGUUGCAAUUUCAGGAUUGGAAGUUUUCGAAAUUGAUAUGAAAAAGUUGGCAAAGACUUUUGCAUCAAAAUUUGCAACAGGAUGUUCUGUCGCCAAAAAUGUUGAAAAGAAGGAAGAAAUAAUUGUCCAAGGGGAUGUAUUGGAAGGUGUAGAGAAAUACAUUCAUGCAUUACUGGAGGAAAAGGGUUUGAAAGAUGUAAAAGUUGAGGUUGUGGAUGUUAAGAAGAAGAAAAAACCGGAUACCGCUGCUGCAGGUGGAGAUCAGUCAAAAUCAUCAAAAUAG